GAUCUACUACCUCAUCCAAAGAAGAGGAGGAGGAGGAGGAGGAGGAAGAGGAAGGAGGAGGAGGAGGAAGAGGAAGGAGGAGGAGGAGGAGGAGGAGGAGGAGGAAGAGGAGGAAGAGGAAGGCGGCGGAGGAGGGGGUGAGGAGCAGCAGGAAGGAGGAGGAGGAGGAGGAGGAAGGAGGAGGAAGGAGGAGGAGGAGCAGGAAGGAGGAGGAGGAGAGGAGCAGGAAGGAGGAGGAGGGAGGAGGAGGAGGGGGAAGGAGGAGGAGGAGGAGGAAGAAGAGGAGGAGGAGGAGGAGGAGGAGCUUCCACUACAAUAGGCAUAAAGGCAUGAUUGGUACCACAAAGUUCACUACAUUGACCAUAGUAAACUCCUCCUCGUUUGAUAAAGAUGGAAGUCUGAUUUAAAUGACCAGGUACGGCAUCACAUUUGACACCUAAGGAAGGUAUUGCCCAACUGUGAAGUACAUCAACAGAUGUUAUAAUCAUACGUAAAUGAGUUUUGGCUGGUACAACCACUCGAUUAUCUACUUCUAAUAAACGUAAUUGACCCAA